AUGGUUAAGAAGAAAAUUGAUAAUCGUAUUCGUGUUAUGAUUGAAAAUGGUGUCAAAUUGGGACAUCGUACCAUGUUUAUAAUUAUUGGUGACAAGGCAAGAGAUCAAGUGCCCAUACUCUAUGAUAUUUUGACCAAGUCCACGGUAAAAGCACGACCCUCCGUUUUGUGGUGUUACAAGAAUAAGGAUGAGGCUAUAUCCAAUCAUGGCAAAAAACGUGCCAAGAAAAUAGCGGCUGGUAAAAUUGACAUCAACGAUGCGGAUUUGUUUGAUACGUUCCGUGUAUCGACCACAAUUCAUGGUCGCUAUUAUUCAGAAACUCAUGCAAUUUUGGGUAGAACUUAUGGUGUUUGUGUUCUACAAGAUUUCGAAGCUUUGACACCGAAUUUAUUGGCUCGUACUGUGGAAACUGUUGAGGGUGGUGGUUUAAUUAUUUUGUUAUUGAAAACAUUGAACUCGCUGAAACAAUUGUAUACCAUGAGUAUGGAUGUCCACAAACGUUUCCGCACCGAAGCCCAUCAAACGGUGACCUGCCGUUUCAAUGAACGUCUUAUAUUAUCGUUGGCCGAUUGUAAACGUUGUUUGGUGGUGAAUGAUGAUUUAACUGUCUUGCCAUUGAGUUCCAAGACAGCAAAUGUUAUUCCCGUUAAUCCUGCAGAAAUUACAAAAUCUGAAAACAACGAUUUACUGGUGGAAUUGAAAGAAAGUCUUCGUGACACUCCCCCAGCAGGACCUUUGGUAAAUCUAUGUAAAACUUAUGAUCAGGCCAAGGCUGUGGCUCAAUUCAUAGAAGCAUUGGCCGAGAAACAGUUGAAACCACCGACUUCCUUGACUGCUGCUCGUGGUCGUGGAAAAUCUGCUGCCAUGGGUCUGUCAAUUGCAGCUGCCGUAGCUUUUGGUUAUGUCAAUAUCUAUGUGACCUCCCCACAUCCGGAGAAUUUAAUUACACUCUUCGAAUUUGUACUCAAAGGAUUUGAUGCUUUGGAAUACCAGGAACACACAGACUAUACAAUUAUACGUUCUACAAAUCCUGACUAUAAGAAAGCUAUUAUACGCAUAAAUAUUACACGUUCCAAUCGUCAAACUAUCCAAUAUAUUGCACCCAAUGAUACACAUUUGCUGAAUGCUGCAGAUCUUUUAUUAAUUGAUGAAGCUGCAGCCAUACCAUUGCCAUUGGUUAAGAAAAUGAUUGGUCCAUAUCUGAUAUUUAUGGCUUCGACCAUUAAUGGUUACGAGGGUACGGGAAGAUCGCUUAGCUUGAAGUUGAUAUCUCAGCUGCAAAAGGAGAAUUCGGCACCACCACCGGUAGCCAUAACAAAAUUAUUGAAAAAAAUUGACAAUUUUGGAAUAAUUGGUUUUGUUUUUCUUCUUUAGAUCAAACUCGACGAGUCGAUUCGUUAUGCCCAGGGCGAUGACAUCGAAAGCUGGCUCAUUAACUUGCUGUGUUUGGAUGCCACAAGUACAGUACCAAAUAUUAGUUCCGGUUGUCCCACACCCGAUGCCUGUGAACUUUAUUACAUCGAUCGUGAUGCUUUGUUUUCCUAUCACAAAGCCGCAGAGUCUUUCUUACAUAGAUUGGUAUCAAUUUAUGUUUCAUCACAUUACAAAAAUAGUCCCAAUGAUUUACAGAUGAUGAGUGAUGCCCCUGCCCAUCAUUUAUUCUGUUUAUUGGGUCCAAUACAACGUAAAGAUCAAUUACCAGAAAUUUUGGUAGUCAUCCAAGUGGCAUUGGAGGGAGAAAUUUCUUCACAAACCAUUACCGAUUCUUUGGGUAGGGGCAAAAAGGCCAGUGGUGAUUUAAUUCCCUGGAAUGUCUCCGAGCAAUAUGGUGAUAGAGAAUUCCCCAAAUUGGCUGGUGUCAGGGUAGUGCGUAUUGCAACACAUCCCAAUUAUCAGAGGAUGGGCUAUGGUAAAAGAGCUUUGAAAUUAUUGAAAGACUACUAUGGAGGCAAAUUUACAGAUUUAAAUGAAAAUAAUGGACUCAAUGAGGACAAUGGUAAAUAAACUUUAAUUAAUUUUAAACUUUAAUAAACUAAUACUUUUUUAAUAUCCCCUCCCUUAGGUAUCGAAGAAGUUGAAGAAGAAGAUGUUGGUCUAUUAAAAGAGCAGAUACGUCCCAGACGUAAAAUACCCACCCUGUUGAAACGUUUAAAUGAACGUUUACCGGAAAACAUUGACUAUUUGGGAACCUCAUAUGGCCUGACACAAGAAUUACUAAAAUUCUGGAAGAAUUUAGGUUAUGUCCCCGUCUAUCUCAGUCAAAAAGCCAAUGAUUUAACCGGCGAACAUUCCUGCAUUAUGUUACAUACGUUAGAUAAAUCAGGCCUUAAUGAAAAAGUCAGUGCCGAAUGGUUAAGUUUAUAUUUCAACGAUUUUCGGCGUAGAGUUCUAAAACUUUUGGGUAAAACGUUUAGAGAAUUUCCCACAAGUUUGGCUCUCUCAUUACUCGACAAUAAAUGGGUGAAAAUACCCCAAGAGGAUUUGAAUAAACAAACAUUGGAUGUAUAUUUCCUGCCUCACGAUUUACAACGUUUGGAAUCGUAUUCCCGCAAUCAAAUCGAAUACCGUUUAAUAUUGGAUCUUACCACGGACAUCAGUUAUUUAUAUUUCCAAGGUAAAAUCUCGGAAUUGCAAAUUGAUACUCUACAAAAAGCCAUAUUAUUGGCAAUUGGUGUACAAGGUAAAACUGUGGAUGGUAUUGCCGAUGAGCUAAAUAUGCCGGGUAAUCAAAUAUUGGCUAAAUUUUAUGAUUUAAUUAAAAAAUCCUCAAAAUAUUUCUCGAAUGUCAUUGAGGGUCACAUAGAAAGUACAAUGAUUAGUGAAACACAAUUAAAACGUGGUGAAGAUUUUGAACCCAUUUCAUUGUCCCUUAACGAAGAACUUGAGGAGACUGCCAAACAAAUUACCAAGAAACAAAAAGAUGAUUUGAAGCGACUAAAAAUGGAAAGUCUUAAAGAAUUUGCCAUCAAGGGCAGUGAUGAAGAUUGGUCGAAGGCUUUGUCGGGCAAAGAGGCGAAACCUAAAUUGAUUUCCGUUAAAAGUGGCGUAAAACGUUUAGAUGAACCUUUGGAGCCACCCAAAUCAGACAAUGAACCCAAAAAGAAAAAAAUGAAAUUUGGCAAAAAAUUAAAAAAUAAAUCUGUAAUUUAGUUGUAAUAUACAUACAUAUUGUUUUAUAUUAAUGUAUUUUAA